UUGCAUUAGAAGUGUGUACAGAAAUAAAGCACUACAUUGAGCCAGUCAUAUUAGAGGUUGACAGCUAAUUGUGAUCUGGAGACUGGAAUCAAAACGCAUGAUUGAGUUUCCUUUCUUUUUUGUUGUUGUUUUUUUACAUUUCCGACCUAAAAUAGAAAUAUAAUUGUUUCCUUUCUGUGAAUUUCACGAAUAUAUACUCACACACAAACCUUGAAUGUUCAUUUUACACUUAACUUUCAUAAACUGUGAAAAAAAGUCUUUACAUCAAAGUGCAAAUCUGCUUGUCUUGAAGAGGCCGCUGAUACUCACUCACCUGUCGUCAUGGCCUGCCAGUGACUUAGCUUACUAACAUGCGAAACAGCGGACUGCUACUUUCGUCACAAGAUUAGCGGCUAGGCACAGGGGCUGUGAGACAAAGCAUCAUAAUUAACCACACAUCAACAUUUCCAGGUAUUUCCCUUUUCAUACGCUGCGAUCAGUUGUGUGAGUCUGUUCUGGAGCUCCUUUGGACCCUGGUGGUUGCUACAGUAAAAUGAUUUGUGACGCAAGUCCAUUUAUGGAGAACAAGUAAGAAAAGGAAAAUGUGUUUUUGUCCAAAACCAAAAAGAAGCGUACAAUCAGUUUGCGUCUUUACUUUAUUAAAGAGGAAUAUGUGUGAAACAAUGACAUUGAACAGUGGUGAGAUUAUUAUAAACAGACAAUACCCUGUCAGUCAGUCAACUGUUUAAAUGCAUUAUUAUUAUUAUCAUUAUCAUCAUCAGUCUAGGGCACUAUUGCAAGAGCUAACACACCAAUUGGAGACUGGAUUUUGUUUGUUUGUAGAAAUGUGUAUUAAAUAGUACUGUACCUACUUUGGGGGAAAGGGGAUACGGAAAAUGAAAAUGCUGUGCACUACAAAGUUAACGUAUGACUGUUCUGAUCUAUCCUCUGUUUUAUUUGAUUUUAUUUGACAUUCAUGCAGCUUAAGUUGGUUGGGAAUUGUCAGUGGCAUGUCCUUAUGCUAACACUCCUUCAUAUUUGCUGUGCAAAGGGGAAGAAUCAAAGUGAGAAAGAGAAAGGAAGAGGAAAAAUUAAGGACUGCUAUUCCUGUUUUUGUCUCUCAGGAAUUCAGUUUCGUCUCCCUACUUCAUGCAGUGUGGACCGAGCUCAGCCACCACCAGUGGUGUCAUAUCCUCCUAGUUUCAAGAAGACUCCACCUCCUGUGCCCCCGCGUGCCACCACCAAGCCUCUUAUCUCUGUGACAGCCCAGAGCAGCACCGAGUCCACCCAAGAUGCCUACCAGGAGGGGAGGCAACCGCGAGGCGGUCUGUGGACCACCGACAGCCUCGGACGUCCCAUCUACAGCUCCAUGGACAGCCUGGACAGCUCCAAGGCGGUCACGAUGGCCAUGGAGUCUGCGGCGCCCAAGAGGCACGCGUCUUUGGGCAGCCACAGCUCCAUCCAGACAUGCGACAAAGCCGUGUUGGUAUCCAAGGCGGAAGAGUACCUCAAAACCCCUAGAUCCUCUAUCGGGAUACAGGUGGAAACUGUGACAGAUUCCGAGACUGAAAGCAAGGGCCUUCCGCAGUUUCACUCUAUAGGUAUCCAGGUGGAGGAUCACAAAAGGCGUGGGCGGGUCAAGCGCUCCAACAGUGUUACCACUGCAGUGCAAGCCGACAUGGAGUUGGAGGGCUUCCCUUCCAUGGAAGACAAGGGUCUGCAGUUCGGUGGCGCUUUUGGUCGCCACUCUGAGCCCAGCACGCCCACGCAGUACGGGGCCAUCCGCACAGUGCGCACCCAGGGCCUGUUUAGCUACAGAGAGGACUAUCGGGCCUCCAGUGGGGCCCCCAGCCCGCAGCCUGAACCCUGGCUGGCUGAACCUAGCCUGGAGGCCAGCGAGAUGGGUCGAGUGUCUCCUCUUCGCAGGGAUGGCGGCUGGUUCAUGCAGCUUCUUCACAAUGAAUCCAAAAGGAUGGAGGGAUGGUGUAAAGAGAUGGAGAGGGAGGCAGAGGAGCAUGAUCUGUCGGAGGAGAUUCUCGGGAAAAUCCGGAGUGCGGUGGGAAGUGCUCAGCUGUUAAUGUCCCAAAAGUUUCAGCAGUUUUACUGGCUGUGUCAGCAAAAUCUGGACCCCAGUGCCAUGCCCAGACCCACAUCUCAGGACCUGGCCGGAUUCUGGGACCUCUUGCAGCUUUCCAUUGAAGACGUCACUGCCAAAUUCGAAGAGCUGCAGCAGAUCAAGAGCAACCAGUGGCAGCUGGUUGAGAGUCCUGAGAAGAAGGAUCGUAAGUGGAUUCCCCUUCCGACUAAGAGGCCCGCCAGGGGCCGUGGCGGCGUGAUGCGGGAGCGCUCCCUGGACCUCCAGGACCGCCAGCGUCAGGAAGCCCGCAGACGGCUCAUGGCCGCCAAACGAGCGGCGUCCUUCAGACAGAACUCGGCCACGGAGCGGGCCGACAGCAUCGAGAUCUACAUCCCGGAAGCUCAGACGAGGCUUUGAGGUCCUCGGAUUCAUCCUUGAUCUCUUUCCUCAUCUCCCCCCCCCCCCCACCCCCACCCCAUCCAACACCAGCUUUUGGCGUCACAUCUAGCUUCCAUCACCCACCUUAAGAUGUGUUGCCAUUAUCUGGGUUUUUACGCUUAUAGCCUUUAUUUAGAAGUGCAUCCUCCAAAUCAAUUCAAAUCCUUAUUAUGAGGGGUGUGGUGCUUGCAGCAAGCUCAAACAAACUUCUGCCCUUCAGUAAUCAAUAGUUCAUGAAGAGUCUAUUAGAUGAGCUGCUAUUGCCCCAAAUCAACAUCUAAUUUAUGCAUUGUAUUCCCCAUUUUAAGUAAAAAAGAAAAAGAAAAAAAGUUUCAGUUUUUUUAUCGUGAAGUCGUAAUCCUUAAAAUAAUAUGAUUGCCGAUCAAUCCGAAUUUGAAACUAUUGUUGCGAAUUCCACAUCGUCGUGUCAACCUUCAUCCAUUUGACUCAUGGGAGUGAUUUUUCUUGUUUGCUGCUGGGUGCGUUCGCAUUUGUCUACGAACUAAAGAGGUUGCGGAAGAGGAGAGCACGAAACAAAGCAUUUUUUGGGCCUUAUGAUAUUCAUGUUUGUAUUUCCAAGGGAAAUGUAGUUUAUGAAGCUCACGUGAUAAUGUUGCAGUUGAAUUGCAAAGGACAGUUGUUGUUGUUCCCCCGCCCCCCACCCCAACCCCAACCCCCCUCCCUCCCCCAGCACCAUUCUACAUGAUUUCAUUUGUCCUGAUAUUGUGAUAACUACACUUACAUUGCAAAUUGCAUUGAGCAUUGACAGGAUUGUUGGAUGAUUUAACAGAGCAUUUGUAUUGGUUGAUUAGGGCAUGCUUUUACGCUGCAACAUUUAGCUCAGAUUACAAAAACGUCAGUCAACAACAACAACAACAAAAAGACAGGCGCAAAUGACACUUUAACACUGGUCAGUUACUAUAGUAAAUGGUGCUGCUUUUUACUCUCCAAGUGUUGUCCUUAACCCGGGCCUACGCGCACACAGACACACUCAAGGACUUUUUAAAACAGAGAAUUAUCAACAUGGUGCCCGUUGUCUCUGCGCUGGUGUGUGUGUGUGCUCCAUUGUGACGUUAGGAAGGAUCAUCUUUGCAAUGCGCUCAUCAGAAAAAAAAAAAAAGUCCUCGUGCAAACACGUCAGGGAUGUUUAUGUGAGACACUGCACAUUUUGACUUGACAAAGUACACUUGAGGGAAAAACAAACAAACAUUGCUGCUGGCUGAAGAAGCAGCGCAUCAUAUAAUACUGUGUGUAAUAACUUGACCAAACAACUUUACAAUCAUUUGCAUAGUACACUUGCUUUGAGGUUAACUGUAUUUUUUCUAUCACUUACUUUAGUGAACUAUAAUGAUGGUGGAGCAGCCAGGAAACCUCUCAUUCUGUGUUCGCACUAGCAUGCAGUUUUAACAUUGUCACAUUAUAUUUACCGGAUGACUACAGUGUAUGGUAUCCUUCACAAUUUAAGAGCAAUUAAUCUCAAUAAUACUUUCAUUUACUGAACUAUAUACUUUUUUUUUUGCAUCCAGCUUUGACACGGCAAAAUACCACUGGUAACUCAUUACUGCAUGCCCCCAAGACAAUUUGCACAUUAGCGGAGGCACUCGAGCUGGCUAAAAAAAAGAUUAAAGACUCAAUAUGUAAUAAUGUACCCAUAAACUGACAGCUUCACAAUCAUUUACAUGGUUCACUGGCUCGUAAAUAAGGAGAGUUGUGUCUAUUUCAUUCCCAUGGCAACCACAGAGCCAUUACUUACUUCGGUAAUUUGUACUGUAUUUAGUGUACCAGCCAGGACAACUCAUGUUGCGUUACUACAUCCAGAAGUCACUGUUAGUUUUGAUUUAUGGUAGUGGAUAAAAUGUAUACAGUAUCCUUUACAACUGUAGUGUGGAUCCUGAGGAACAAAAACCAAACAAACAAUUAUUCCUUUAUGUACUUUAUUGUAUCGUAAUUUAUACAGAUCUGUGAUUUUUCCUGCGAUGACGAGGCAAAAUACCGCAGGUAAUUUAUUAUUGCAUGAAAUCAAUAUUAUGGCUGAAUACAAACUUGAUUUUGUAUGGGUAAAUGUCUCCCACGCUAAAACAGCCACGCUUUAACUCCUAUUUUCAAAAAGUUCUUGAUGAUUUCAAAUUUUUGGCAUUCAUAGUAAAGGCCAUCCUUUUUGACAGAGGAAAUGCUGGUAGCCCACUGAAAUACACUUCUUGCAUAAUGGACAAGACAAAGACGAAACAGUAAAGACCGCUUCAUAAAAAUCGUGGGAGUUGGACACUUUAGUGUUGCUCUUUAAACUCCGCAGAUACAUUCAACGUUUGCAAAAUACUAUUUUUAGAAUAUAUAUAUCGAAAGAAUUAGAGGAGUACGGGGAUUCAGGUUGGGAGAAACACAAACAGUGCGUAAAAAAGUUGUUUUAACACCUCCACAGUCCACAUGGAUGCUAUUCGGUCCCAUUAUGUGUUAGCAUUGAGCUAGUCGACGUUUGUGGGUGUUUUAAAUAUACAACGUGUCAUUCUCUUUGUUUUAUGAAUAGUUUGACGCUAAACUUUAAACAGCUUGAAGUUUCUUUUUUGGAGGUGUAUUUACUAUGCCGAACUGCAGCGUGUUGGAGUUCAUACAGCGAGUGUAUCUCAAAUUUUUGUUGCUCACAAGUCACAGCAAAAAAAAUCCACGGAAUGACAGCUGCUCUCAACAAUCAUGUAAGUCAGGUCACUUGUAUCUCAAGGCAGUACUUUAAUGUAUAUGUUUUUUUGCAUUAAAUUUAGUUCAUUGGCCCAAAUAUGGUCCGCACGGUGGGGACUGGUUAGCACAUCUGCCUCACAGUUCUGAGGACCGGGGUUCAAAUCCCGGCCCCGCCUGUGUGAGUUUGCAUGUUCUCCCCGUGCCUGCGUGGGUUUUCUCCCACAUCCCAAAAACAUGCGCGCUAGGUUGAUUGAAGACUCUAAAUUGCCCUUAGGUGUGAAUGUGUGCGCGAAUGGUUGUUUGUUUCUAUGUGCCCUACGAUUGGCUGGCGACCAGUUCAGGGUGUACUCCGCCUCUCGCCCGAAGAUAGCUGGGAUAGGCUCCAGCACUCCCGAGACCCUUGUGAGGAUAAAGUGUUACAGAAAAUGGAUGGAAGGAUGGCCCAAAUCUGCCAUUUAAAAUCACUGCUGAGUGUGACCCACUGUAUUUUUUUUUUUUUGCCACAUUACCACAUUAAUCAUCUCAUUAAUUUUGAAGGAGGAAUUGCGAUGUUUAAAAAUCAAGAGCAAGAUUUGCCAUUUAUUUCUUUAAUUGCUUGAAUUGUUUUAUUUCAAUAUUGCAAUCCCUUUUUUUAACGGUGGGAAUUUAUUAUCAAAAUUGGAUUUAUUUAGGAAUAUCUUUAUCGAUCUAGGAUUUAUGACUGGGAGAACUCAUUUAUUGCUUCCACGGGUGGUCUAUAUAUGUCAGAGAGCCUUUGGGUUCUUUCCUGCAUCACACACACUCAUCACUUCUUGGACAACAACUACCUAUUCAAGCAGAUGUGUGCGUGUGUAUUUGUAGUACUGUAUGGUGAGGAAUUUACAGGGUUUUAGAUGCAUGGUGGGAUAAAAGAAACCUGUCACUUGCACACGCAGACACAUUUACAGUCAGUGCAGUGCUGGUAUCAUGUGGGGCUAUUACCGUAGAAUAUAAUCAUGACAUCAUAUGUGCAUAAUUAAGAUGAAACCCAAAUAUAUUUGCUAUGAGGGGGCUUUGGCAACUAUGUACAUGACAAUUCCUCAGGUGCCUUAUAGUGUCGAUGUGCAUGUGGAUGGCUGUGGACGCGCUGCUACUACUGCUGCUACUUCUUUAGCGUUACAAAAGGGCUGCAAACCGGGCCGAGUCAGACUCGAUGUAGACAAUGCGACAUUCAAAUACACAAUUCAUCUUGUGUGAUAACGGCACGAGUCAGUAGUGGGAAAGCAUCAGGGUUCCACUUAUUGGGGUGUGUGUGUGUGGGGGUGGGGGGCUCAAAAAUUUGCAAAAUAAAUAUACAGUAUCUUAACAGUGUGCAAGGGAGAGAGGGAACUUUUGAAGUGAUUAUAAACUUUUAGGAUGUACAGUUUAAAUUAUAUUUUAAAUUGAUGGAGGAAGAGCCAGCCACCAAAUGGCACUUUUUUUUUUUUUUUAACCUCUAAACCUUUUAACUUUUUUUUUUUUGUGGUCAUCACAAAUAAGAGUACAGUACUAUUUAUUUCUGUUACCUUAAAAAGCUUGUUGCCGUUCACCACGAGUUAAAGUACCAUCUGGUGCUAAAAGGCAGCCAGUUUUGUCAUUUAGAAGUAAAAUAUGCAAAUAAUAAUAAUAUGUUAGCAGUUAUAAUAAAAAUGUAUGAUUUUGAUUAAGUACAAAGGAGUUUUAGGGGCACAUGGAAAAGAAAAAGAAUACAAUAAUAAUAAUAUUUAUUUUGUCUUGUUCUCAUUCACAGAUGUUCCUUUUUUCUUGUCUUGUUUUCUUUUCAAACAGUUUGCACAUCAUGAUUUCUUGCUUUAAUUCAAUGGCCAAUGUGCUCUGGUGUGUGCACCUUGGCCACCAGGGGCAGUAUACUACAUACGUAUAAUUCACCUAGAUUUGCUUGUGGAACACGAAGAAGACUAAACUGCGGUAAUUCAUUCAUUCAUUCAUCUUUGCUUUUCUCAAGCUAGUAGUCUUUCUUCAGGCCAAGUUAUGUGGUUUGCUUAAAUGUGGAAUUAAUUCUCUUUGUUUAUGUUUAGUUUGACAGUCAAAAGGGGGUGGCGAUAAACAGCUUAAAGAAAGCGCACGGCGCCUUGUUUUGAUGUUGCGUAGUUCGCUGCCGCCAUAACGCAAAUCAUUGCUCAUAAUACAAGGCAAAACAUUGGGUGAAAACUCGUAAAAAUAAAGCACAGUAAUGUCACAAGAGUCAUUUCAAAUUAAAACAAGACAAUACUUGUACAAGUCAAGGUACCAUUGUAUUUUUGUCUUUCCAGUGUAGCCUUAACACUCCUUCGUAUUUUAGAGACCCCCACAGAGGGGCAAUUUGAUUGCCUUCAUUGAAGCUCAUGUAACUUGAAACCUGAAUUUUGUCUCCCAAAUGUCUUCUUAAUGGACGUUAGCAAUCUCAACAAUAACGUGCGUACUAAACGGGAGCAGCCAGUAGGCUCGUCUUCUUCCCUCACAACAUCGCAGAAACGGCACAGAGAGGUCGUCGCGAACUCUUGCGGGUGGGCUUGGAGGCCACGAUUGCGUAACUAUGCAGCGUUAGCGUGUGUGUACAGUAUGUGUUGCUGGGAGGUCAGCGGGGUUGUGAUUCUGCUUUCUAAUUGACCCACUUAGACGUGCCAAUUGCAUCAAAGAAUACCACAUCAGAGAUCUUUGAACUGGUGCUCAAUCUAUGGAAUGUUCAUGUAUUUUUGUUUCUCUUCAUUCAGACAAUCGACACGCACACGCACACAUUGUAGUAGACAGAGUCCCAACUGGAUCUUCUGAUCAACCUUGAAUUAAGACGCUUUUUUUUUCCUCCCUUGUUUUGUGCACUGCAAAGAUGUCCUUCACUUGUUGUGCUCUCUCUCCUCAUACAAACACCACUGACGUCACCCAGUCGUCGGCUUUAUCUGCUCUUCAAGCAAUAAGCUUAGCUGACAUACUUAAUAUGUGGAUGGUAAUUCUAUUUUUUUAGUGUUUUCCAAGAGUGCGACUCACCCCACUCUCUGCUUUUUAGAAGAAUAUUGAUAUGAUUAUGUCACUGCUUCCAGAAGCCCACUUGAAUCCACUCGCUACCAUUUUUUGGAUGAUUUAAUUAUGAGGCGAGAGAGCAGUCACACUGUUGUUUGCCUUUGGUGGAGAACUGUGUCGUGUUGUGGACGUUGGUAGAAAAAAAAAUAAUGAUUUUUUUUUUUUUUUUUUUAAAGGCCUUUUUAAGAGGUUUUGGAAAAUGAGAAACACAUGAUGGCAAAAAGAUGGUUAUUGUUAUUCUAUUUAGAAUUGUUGAGAAAUAUGAGGAUGAAUAUAAAUGCCAAAUAUUCUGUAUAUGUACAAACAAAAUAUACAUAUAUAAAUAUAAUAUAUGCCUAAUUUGAAUGGAACUAUUUUACGCGCUUGACCAUGUUUUUGUUGCUUCAAAGCCUUCUUUCGUCCACAUGAUUUUAUAGGCUCUUCAGAUAGCAUGCAGGGUAGUGAAAUGAAUGUAUUAUUUUGUGUUUCCUUGCUGGUCAGUAUUACAGCAUUCUACAGAUUGGUUAGUGUUUAUAAGAUUCUUUUAAAGAUGAAUAUUUCCUUUUCGAGGUUGCUUUACCCCGGACACAUAUACCGUAAGAUUUUUUUUUUUUUUUUUUUUUAAAUGCAAGGUUUGGAUUCAACGAUUCAUAUCAUUUUCUGAUUUUCGUUUUCGCUUUGUUUAAAAGUAUAAUUUGACUCUUUAAACUACUGCCAUCAACCAUGUGUAAAUAAAGAUGCAAAUUAAACUUUUUGAAGAAAGCAGGAA